CGCACGCGCGGCACCACAUCUAGUAGAGCCUGCCUACCGCCCCACUGUCGUCGUCAUUAAUUCACCAGGCUAGAGCUAGCUAGCUGGCUCUACCGCCGUUCCCCGAUCGAGCGUCCGUCAUGGAGAUUGAUGAGAUGGAGAGCGGUGUCGUCAAUGGAAGCGGCGGCGGCGGGUCGUUCCGGCGGGCGAGGUGCUGGGAGCUGCUGUGCUCGGCGGCGGGCAUGCUCUGGGGCAAGGUCGUCGGGUUCGCCCGCAAGCUGGGCAGGAUCGCGAGGGACGACCCCCGGCGGGUGGCGCACUCCAUCAAGGUCGGCCUGGCGCUCACGCUCGUGUCCGUGCUCUACUACGUCAGGCCGCUCUUCAACAACUGGGGGGUGUCCACCAUGUGGGCCGUGCUCACCGUCGUCGUCGUCAUGGAGUACACCGUCGGUGGCACGCUGAGCAAAGGCCUGAACAGAGCGUGCGGGACGCUGGCCGCCGGCUUCAUCGCCGUCGGGGCUCACAAGGUGGCCUACCUGUGCGGCGACAAGGCCGAGCCCGUGCUGCUCGCCGUCUUCGUCUUCUUGCUCUCGUCGGCGGCGACGUUCUCGCGGUUCAUCCCGGAGGUGAAGGCGCGGUACGACUACGGCGUGACCAUCUUCAUCCUCACCUUCAGCCUGGUGGCCGUGUCCAGCUACCGCGUCGACGAGCUCAUCCGCCUCGCCCACCAGCGCUUCUCCACCAUCGUCGUCGGCGUCGGCACAUGCCUCUGCACCACCGUCUUCGUCUUCCCGGUCUGGGCCGGGGAGGACCUCCACAGGCUCGCCAUCGGAAACCUCAACAAGCUGGCCGAGUUCUUUGAAGGACUCGAGUCUGAAUGCUUCAGAGAGAACGCCACGUUCGAGAAUUUGGAAGCAAAACCCUUCCUCCAAGUGUACAAGAGCGUCCUCAAUUCCAAGGCCACCGAAGACUCUUUGUGCAAUUUUGCCAAGUGGGAGCCCUGCCAUGGCAAGUUCAAGUUCCGGCACCCAUGGAGCCAGUACCAGAAGCUCGGCGCUCUCUCUCGCCAGUGCGCUUCCUCAAUGGAGGCUCUCGCUUCCUACGUCAUCACCCUCACAAGAACCGAGUACCCUGAAGCGCGGCCCGAGCUACGCUCGGAGGUUCGAACAGCGUGCCGCCAGAUGAGCCUGCACUCGGCCAAGGCGCUCCGCGAGCUCUCGGCGGCGAUGCGGACGAUGGCCGUGCCGCCGUCCCCGGCCAACGCUCACAUGUCCGCGGCAGCCAAAGCGGCCAAGGACCUCAGGGACGAGCUAGAGGACGCGGACCUGGCGCAGGCGAUGCACGUCGCUGUUGUCGCGUCUCUGCUCUCGGACCUGGUGACCAAGGCGAAGCAGAUCACGGAAUCUGUCGGUACCCUUGCGCGACUUGCCCGCUUCGUCAAGAACAACGACCAUGAGAACAACGCUGACGACAAGGAUAUUGCGGCUAUCGAUGCUGUGAGCUGAGAAAGCUAGCAGACGGUCCUGUGGCGGCAAAAAUAUAUCCUAAUUAACCGUGCAUCCAGACGUUCAUAGCUAUCUAAUUCGCACAUAUCGAAGAUCGGAUGGCUCUGAACGUCUAGAUGCAUGGCUGCACAAGUUAAUAUGGAUGCACAAUAUAUAUGCGUUGCCGGCGAUCUUUUCGGUGGGACUUGACUAGUGAUGUUCUAUAUUUGGCGUGGUGGGGAAUACAUGUAUCAGAAGCAUUUGGUAAAUGGGAUAAAAGUAAGUCGAUAUCAAUUAGUACAAUGCUAGAUGCGCAUGCACAGCAAGUGACUAAUUCUUCGAUUUGUACAAGUCGUUAAUUACGAUGCUGGUGGUAAAACUUCACUGUCUUCCACCAAUUAACCUCUCUCGGCAGGCCAAAAAAAAAAAUUGAUAUUCUUCGAGAUACAAGGAAGAAAAACAAAUUACAUCUC